UUCAGUUUGUUUAGUAGGUGCUAUAAUACAAUCAACUGAAUCAGACAGACGACGACGAAAUGUGGCCACAUUAAACAGCCCCAUCACCCAUUGACUUCUGGACUCCUCCGAUAUUUACCCAAAUGUGGCUUCAACUGAUACUGUUGAUUUUAUUGGGCAUAUCAUUGUUCUGCGGCUCCUUGGAAUUCAUGAGGUAUUGGUACCAGAAGCUGCUGGAGCGCCUCUUCGCAUACAGCUCGAGACAAUUGCAGAUGGUGCAAGAACGCCAGCAGAGGCGAUGCACCAAACCGAAGCAGAAGCCCGAGCAACCGCAACCGGGGCGGAGAGCAAAGCCUAGCAGGGAUGCACUGAAUGCAAGGAUGGAACAGUGCUGCGAUCUCAUUGCCGAUGGACUGCGUCUCGUCCUCGAGGAUGAGGUGACAACGCGUUUUGCUGCUGCCGAGCCGCCCGCAGGUGAAUGGAAUCUGCUGACACGCAAUCUGCGCAUGAGGAGGGGUAAGCUGAAUUGGCGUCUAUUCCUCAUGUGGACACUUUCGAUUUUGUUGCGCUAUGGUCUACUGGUGCCGGUGCGAACAGUCGGCUGUUGCUGCUGCCUGCUGCUGGUCACGCUGCUAACGGCCGUUUUGGGCCAGUUGCCCGAGUUGAGCUUCAAGCGGCGGCUAGUGCAUCUGGUACUGCGUCCAUGCUUCCGUCUGGCCACCUGUUUCAUUCCCAUCCUGCGACGCGUUCACAACGAGCAGCUGCGUCCUCGCAUGGGCAUCUGUGUGUGCAAUCAUACUAGCCCACUGGAUGUUCUGGUACUCAUGUGCGAUGUCCACUAUUCCCUCACCGGACAGCGACACAAUGGCAUUUUGGGCAUCAUACAGCGCGCCCUGGCCAGGACAUCGUCUCAUCUGUGGUUCGAGCGUGGGGCGCUCCGGGAUCGAGAGUCAUUGACAUCGAUGUUGCGCCUGCAUGCAACGGAGCGUGGCAAGCCACCCAUUCUAUUGUUCCCGGAGGGCACGUGCAUCAACAAUACGGCUGUGAUGCAGUUUAGGAAGGGCAGCUUUGCCAUCAGCAACGUCAUCUAUCCGAUCGCUCUGCAUUACGAUCGACGGUUUGGAGACGCCUUCUGGGAUAGCACCAGAUGCUCCGUGCUGCGCUACAUCAUCAUGGUGAUCUCGUCGUGGACGAUCCUGUGCGAUGUGUGGUACAUGCCGCCGAUUAAACGACGACCCACUGAAUCCUCCAUUGAGUUCGCGAAUCGUGUCAAGGCGGCUAUUGCAGCACAGGCUGGCAUCGAAGAUCUACCUUGGGAUGGCAAUCUCAAGCGCUGGAAUCCCGUUCGCGAUUGGCAGUAAACAUUCAGUCUGCAAGUCAGUCUAAAGCUAUUUGCAAAUAGCAGACAAAUAACAUGUACAAAGCCAAUAUUUUAAUUAAACUAAAA